GAGUCUUCACCAGUCCAGUUGCUACAAGAAGAUGGCGACCCCCAACGGUUGGCUAGGGGCUCGGCACAACUGCAUCUGGGAGGGCGGCGACUUGGUCUCCAUCGCCUCGUCGGACGAGGAAGCCUUUGUGAAGAAGGAAAUGGGCAUCGACCCCUUCUGGAUCGGACUCUCCAAUCUGAAAUGCGACGAGGCUUGGUGUCGGUAUGAUAAGGAGCAAAAGGAACUGACUUGGUCAGAUGUCCGCGUGAUGUUGGGCUACUCCAACUGGGACAACCGUCAGGUUGGAAGCUCCGACGUAGAGUCCUGCGCGUACGUCAACCAAGGCUCGUGGACCGAGAGUCCGCCAGGAAAGUGGCGACAAGCCUCGUGCGGAUCCUCCUUGGCCUUCAUGUGCGAGCGCCCGCUGGAUGACUGCCCGAAGGGCCAGCAGUGUUCCUUGAAAGACUUUGGUUACAAUCGAGUGGAGACUUCCUCCUGCGACCCCGGCGACUUCCUGUUCGACGAUUCCUGCUAUCAUUUUGAGUGGAAACGUAAGAAUUGGCACUGGGCCGAGAUACUUUGCACAGAACAGAAAGGUCACUUGACCAGCGUCCACUCAGAGGACGAAAUCAAAUUCUUGACUGCUCACGUGCGAGAUGAUAAAGGAUAUUGGCCAUUCGUGGGACUCAAGAAGAACAAAGACAACAAAUUUUUCUGGAACGACGCAACGUCUGCAGACUACGUCACGCUGAGGGGAGAAAUGUCUACAGGACGCGGUGACUGCUUUGCUCUGUCAGCUUCUGGACAAUUUCAUCAGUGGCCCUGCACUGAAGAGCAGCCGUCUGUCUGCAAAAAAGCCAAAAUCCGAGAGGUUCGCCAUGAUGAGCCGCAAGCAGGCCGGAGCGAAAAAUGCGGCUCGUGGGUGGAGAACCUCUUGAUGGACAUGUGCUACCUGGUCAACCGCAACCAUGCCAAGACCUGGCAGGAGGCACGAGACGACUGUGUCCGCCUCGGAGGCGACCUGCUCAGCAUCACUGACUACACGGAGCAGAGCUACAUACUAGGUCUAUCCAGCAAUUAUAAAAACAUUGAUUCUCUGUGGUUGGCCACCAACACCACGGUCACGCAAGAGGGCAGCAAGUGGACUGAUGGGUCUCCCUUUCGUUACACCCACUGGACCACAGAUAGCCCUAGUAAACCCUCUGAUGAAAGCUGCCUUUCCUUUCACACUAAACGUGAACUGGGAAAUUGGAAAUUUGACAACUGCCAGAAGAAGAGGAACUACAUAUGCAAGAAAAGAGCUCGAGGACAGAAACCGGAACCUCCACGCCACGACGGUUUUCGGGAGAUCCUUGCGUGCAACCAGCAGAAGCACGUCGACCUCUUUUGUCAGAGUGAGGGUCAAAGCGUCAUCCGCAUCCAGUCGGCCUUCUACGGACGGAGGAGCGGCAGCUUUUGUCCAACUCAGAACGCAGCCAAGGAGACUUGCUUGGUGCGAGGAGCCCUUCCUCACUACAGGCAGAAAUGUGACAACCGUCAAUAUUGUCUUGCUGACCCUUUUGAGGGCGUCCGGGAGACCUGCCCUGCAGUCUCCAAAUACCUGCACAUGGUCUACAGCUGUGAACGGAAAGUGUGUCUUGACAGUUUGCUCGAGGCGGACAAGCGCAUCGCCGACUCAGCGUUUGAAGCCUCCUCCUCUAUGAGCGACACCAGCCCAGAGAAAGCUCAAUUGAGCAAGAAUUCCUGCUGGAGACCGUCACAAGAUCCCUCCACCAGCUGGAUCCAGGUGAACCUCGGUCACGUGAGAAAGGUGACCGGGAUCGUCACCCAGGGCUGUCCUCAUACUGACCGAAGGUUCUGGGUCAUCGACUUUGAGAUGAAGAUUAGUUUGGAUGGCAAAAGCUGGACCGAUCACCCGGACGAAAAGUUUACCGGAGGGGGGGAGCACCGGUUUGGCUCUGCGUUUUCCGCUCAGUACGUCCGCAUCCUGCCGCUGGAGGACAGCGUUGACUUCGGCCUCACCUUUGACCUCCUGGGAUGCGCACGUGACGAUGCGAUGACUUGUGACAGCACGUUCAACAGCCUCCACUUGACCAAGGCAAUGACCUUCCACUGCCCACCCAAGUGCGCCAACUCCAAACACAAUGUCACAGGAACCUUGGUCUACAAUAAGGACUCAAGCGUGUGCGCGGCCGCUAUUCACGCCGGCGUCAUUCGUAACGACAUGGGAGGAGACUGUAUCGUGAUGAAAGAAGUGGCAAAGAAGGACUUUGCUGGCUCCACCCAGAACGGGAUCACCUCCCUCAAGAAUGGCGACUCGACGGAUCAGGCCUUCACAUUUGCAGACGGAGAGCCGAGAUGCUUGGGAGAGUCCUGGGAGGAGUUUGCGGGCUUUUGCUACAAAGCUUUUGAGGACAAGAAAGAGUGGGCCGCUGCUCGAGCAGACUGUAAGAAAUUGGGUGCCGAUCUGGUGUCCAUCCUUUCCGAGGUGGAGCAGACGUGGGUGAAAAGUGCUUCCACCCUCGACACCAGCGACAUGUGGACCGGACUGAAUGACCAGAGUGUCCUCGGCAUGUUUGAGUGGUCGGACCGCCACGAGGUGACCUUCACCAACUGGGCCCCAGAAGAGCCCAAACACCUGAAAAAGGACUGUGUGGCGAUGUCGCAAAAGGCUGGAAAAUGGAAGCAGAUGAGCUGCAAGAUACCCAACAGCUUCAUGUGCAAGAUGCCCAAAGCGCAUUAUGCAAUCACCUCAGAGAAGGCAGAGGAGAGCCAUUCUGGUGACAGCGUGCUCUUGCAGAGAAGCAAGCUCGCCAAGUCAGCGAAUGCACUUGGAUCAAUGAUCAAGCUGAAGGGAGGUCUCCGUGUGAACAACGUCAUCACCAUCACAGGACGAGCAAAUAAACUGGCAGAUUGGUUUAAAGUCGGCCUGUUUGUGCCUGACGACGACGACAACGACAACGCGGUCGCGCUGCUCCUCAAGUUGAACUUUGUAACCAAGAAGAUUUGGCUGAACUCCAGAGUGAACACAACUUGGAACGAAAGAGAGGAGCAUCCCACACAAAGCUCUGGACCCGGACAAGAAGUCAAGGUUGUCAUCAAGUGCGCCGACGAUCACUUCCAGAUCACAAUCAACGGCGUCGACAAGGUGACUUACAAAUACCGAGAGGCCAAUCUACAAAGCAUCACGCAGAUGAACGUGUGGGGUCUCGUGUCCAUCAAGGAGAUCAAGCAAAGCUCCGCUUAGACCAGCCUGCGCUAAAAUGUGAGGACUGGCACAGCGUUUUCCACGAGCCAUAGAUGGUUUGUGGAAUAAUUGUACAAAAGUAACCACUUUAUAGUAUAAUAUUUAAGUUUAAUUGGCUAUGAGAAAAAGCCAAACUUGCAUGAUUUUUUUUUUUCUCUUUUUGAUUGCCUUUGUGCAUCCUGGCUUUGUGUUUAUUGCAUUGAAAUGCGCAGUAUUUGUAGUUAAGCUAGUUUUCCUGGCCCGAUCAAGAGAUCAUUUUGACUGAUUGGAUGAUGAGUAAGGAUAAGAGAAUGUAGUAUCUUGAGAAGCUGGAUGAAAACGUGCGAAUGGGGGAAUGCUAGCGAAUGAUGUAAAAAGGCGAGAAAUAAUGACAAGCGAGAAAAACGGUAAGCGAGAAAAAAAUAGUAAGCGAGAACGGUCAACGAGAAAAAAGUACGAUAAGCGAGAAAAAAACAGCGAGACAAACAGUAAGGGAGAAAAACGUAAGCGAGCGUUAAGCGAGAAAACAGCGGUAAGCGAGAAAACCGGAAAACGAGAACAACUAAGCAGCGUUAAGCGGGAAAAACUAGAAAAAUAGUUCGAUAAGGGGACGUGAGAAAAGCGGCACGUAAGGAAAAAAGCGAGGGAAAGUGGUAGGCCAGAAAAAAGAACGGUAAGCGAGAAUAAAAUUGUAAGAAAAAAGUACGCAAGAAAAACGAAGUGAGAAAAAACAGCAAGUGAGAAAAAAACAAUAGGCAAGAAAAACAGUAAGGGAGAAAAGACAUAAGGCGAGAAAAAUAGUAAGUGAGAAAAAUGGUAAGCGAGAAAAAACGGUAGGUGAGAGAAACGGUAAGCAAGCGGUAAGCAAGAAAAAACGGUAAGUGUGAAAAAAAAAAAAGAUAUGGUGUAUGUGUGAAGGCAGAUUUGUUACUGGUCGUGAUGCUUGGAGAAAUAGCUGAGUCCUGUAAUUUAUUUUUCUUUCUUGUAUCGAUGACAAAAGCCAGUGUGAUUUUCUCUUGUCAACAUAUUCAAUAAAAAAUGU